AUGUUCACCCUUCCCCUGGUCAUUGCUCUCCUGAGCCAGUCGGUCAUCAUCGCCGCCGCUCCGAUCCAGGCCCGUGAUAACCUUGACGACAUCGAGUCUGCUCUGGCUCCCGUUUCUCAGUCUCUGGCCCAGGUUGAUGCUGCCGUCCUUGCUCUCGAUGGCGGCCCGGUCACUGCCAACAACCUCCUCGUCCUUGCUCAGCAAACCGAGGCCACUACCAACCAGGCUACCUUCCAGAUUCAGCAAUCUGGCAGCCUGGGUGCCAUCAGAGCUGCCAGACUUCGCCGCAUUACGGGUGGCCUGACUGAUCAGACGACCACCACUGUCAAUGAUCUGGUCUCCCGGAAGCCUGUGCUUGACAACCUUGGCGUGAGCAACGUCGCCUUGGACUCCCUUCAGCGACAGAAGAUUUCUACCAUGGCCCUUGCUGCUGCUCUUGAGGAGAAGGUCCCCAGAAUCGGACAGAGAAUCGCCGAGGAGGAUAGAGUUCAGAUUGAGAGCGUUCUCGACAGUGGCAUCGCCGCUUAUGCCCAGCCCGGCGUCCAGGCAGUCCCUGUCGCCGUAGUCCCUGCUACUGCUCCGGCUGCGGCUCCUGCUCCGGCUCCUGCUGCUCCGGCUCCUUCACCUGCCCCGGGAAUCGUCAUUCCCGCUGCAGGAUCGGUCGCUCCUCUUCCUGCUCAGGGUAACCUUCCGGCUACUCCCCCUGCCGCGGUGGUCCCUGUUCCUCCCGCUGCGGUCCCGGCUCCUCCUGCUGCUGCCCCUCCCGCCGCUGCUCCUGCUCCGGCUCCCCCGGCGGCUGCUCCUGCUCCCCCCGCCGCAGCACCCGCUGAUCCGGCUGCCGCUCCUGCCGCUCCAGCCGCGCCCGCUGCUCCUGCAGCGCAGCCUGCCGCCGAGCAACCCGCCGCCGAGCAGCCCUGGCCUGAGGCUGGACAGCCUGCCGCUGCUCCGGCUGCUGUCCCCGCUGCUGCCCCGGCCCCUGCCCCGGCUGUCCCUGUCGCGAUGAUUCCGACUGCCAACACCCCUGCCCCCGUUUCGGCCGUUGAGGCUGACGAGGAGUAA